UAUUGAUGUAUCUCCCAAUCACUGGAGGAGUACUAAUGAGAUCAUAUUUCUGAAUCUAGUACUAAUAUCAUUUGCUUGAUUUAAUAAGGGUUUUUGGUUUGGUCACUUUUGUUGGUUUUAUCCUUAGGUCAGUGACUGAUCCAAGUAGGGUUCUGAAAUAAUCAUUACAAACUGACACAUAAUAGAGAAUAUGAAAAAAGUGGCACUUGCAGUGAUAUUAGCUGCAUUUUUUAAAAUCCUUGUUGACAAAUUUUUACUAAUUUAGCAUUUUAAUACUCUAAAGUAACUAAUAGAUUUAUUGACAGGUGCUCAGAUUUUGUUGCAGCAUACUGUAACCAUUGACUUAUAGAUGAAAAUAACAUAGACUUUUACCUUGGUUCAUGUGGAUAUGAAUUAACUUUUCUUAACUGUGUACACAUUGUAGUAUCCUUUCUAAUAGUAAAAAAUUUACUAGUAUACGAGAACUGUAUUGCUCAAUUACGGUAUUUGAUGCAAAAUAGAAAAUUUCUUGUUCUAAACCCAAUUCUUUGAUAAUACUUGGUAGAGUAGUAUGUUUGAAGUUUAUUAUUUAUGAAAAAUUAUGUUAGAUUUUGAUAUACUGUGGUUUCAUCAAUAUUCAUUGAAUACCAAUUUUCGUGGAUUUUGUUGAAAAGAUGAUCCACGAAAUUAAGUGUUCAUUGAAGUGCAAUUUCUGUUAACAUUUUGUAUUGAUAGGGUCAUUGGCCACAAAUUUACGUGUCCUUGAAACUGUGAUUUUCACUUUAUCCACAAAAAUUGAUACCUUUGGAUAUUAAUGAAACUACAGUAAUGAUUGAAAUUGCAGACAAUUGUAUUUAUAAAUAAGAAGGAAAGACCUUUAUUUUUAGGCAAACUAUAUUUCAGAUAAAAUUAAGAAAUUGUUGUCUGUAUUUGUAUGCAUUGAACUGUAUCUGGCACUAAAGUUAUUCAACAUUUAGCAAACCCACUGUUAUUUGAGCCAUAGAAUAUAGAUUGAAUGAUGUAGUUUUAUGAUCAAGACGAUAAAUUUCAAGUUCCUCGAAGCAUUUAUUGCCAACCAAACAUUGAAUCAAUCUGUUGAUUGAAUUUCAGAGGAAGACUUUGUAUUCAGCAUGAAUAUUGGUAAAAAUUUCAUGACUGUUAAUUAAUUAAAUGAUAUUUUCAAACAGAUUUAAUUGAGUAAAAACUGUUCAAAGCAAUAAAGUAAGUGAAUUUAAUUAAGUCCUAUAAAAAGGGAAGAUAUAUAUGUAUACCCACAGUUUUUGGCCUGUAUUAGUUGAUGUAUGCAUUAAUUAUUCAAACAAUGAUGUAUAAUUUACUAUUACUGAGAAUUUUCUUUGGAGGAAAAUUGGUAUAGCUCCAGACAAUUCCAAAAAUAUCAUGAUUCCGUUGUUUGGCUGUUGAUUUGUUAUACAUUUUUUCUUACAAUUCUGAUCUCUGACUAGAUUUACUGGUUCAUGGGGGAAAUGCCAAUUUAGAUAGAGAGAAACAGAAGAGCAGGAAUUUUGUCAGAGCGUGUAACGAUGUUGCACCAAUCAUCAUCAAGGACUGUAAAGAGGAAUUCCAGCAUGUCUCGGAUUUCAAAGAUCCAAUUGUGUAUGGAUAUAUUGCAGAGAAUAUGCCCAGACACCCAUUAGUCAAGGGAAAGUAUUUCUUGGUACGCGAUGCUUCAGAGAAGUCAGACAUCAAGAAAUCGUAUUCUCAGUUCAAAGCACCCAACUUUCACCAAGCUGCCAAAGGCUUCCCUGUCUAUGGUGCUGGUCAGCCAACAGAGAAAGGACUGAUUUACCUCAUAGACCACCUCGUGGAUGAGGGUCACACUGAGAUUUUGUUGUUCAAUUUGAGAGAGGAGCCAGUUUUGUUUGUGGAGAAUGCCUCGGACAUGCUGCCUUACUCCAUCAGAGAAAAAGAAAACUUGAAGAAACUGGUCAAUCUGGGCAGAUCUUCAUGGGAAGCUGAUGAGGCUGAAGCUAGAAUCAGGAAAGAGGUGAUAGACUUGGCAACAAUGAAAGAAGAGAACAAGUUUUACUUCUACAGGGACCUAGAGAACCUGCAGCGAGAACCACAUGAGAUCCACGUCCAGUUCGAGGACCACCUCCUGGUCUCCGAAGAGGUGUACUCCAGACACAUUCUGUGCUCCCACUGUGUCAGAUACCGACGUUUGUGUUUUCCUCUGGAGUCUGCCCCGAGUGAUGUAGAUGUCGAUUCCUUCAUAGAUGUUUACAAGGAAUGUCCCUGCGCCUUUGACAGAACCCAUGGCUCCAGUAUGGCUAUGCUGUUUACCUGCCAUGUUGGGUACGGCAGGACUACUCUAGGCAUGGUAAUGGGCUCUCUGGUUUUGGCUCACCAUAAUGGAUUUAAUAGCAUUGUAAGUAAAUCCCAGAGGAAGAGCAGUGGAGAGGAGGACGCUUGUACCGCUGUACAUCGCCUUCUGUCCCUCAUCCCUGACGGACAGAAUAUCAAACACCAGGUAGAUGCUGUGAUAGACUUGUGUGGAGAGCUGUAUCAUCUGCAUGGUGAAAUUUCGGCAGCCAAGCAUCUGCUGGAAGGAACAACAUUUGACCAAAAAGUAGAUGGAAAGAAUGCGCAGGAGAUGCUGUACAAAAGAUGCUGCCAUUUCCUACAGCGCUACCUUUUCCUCAUCUGUUUCAACAGCUACCUAACAGAACAGUUCUCCCAGAGGUUUCUGAAGCCCUUCUCCAAAUGGAAGAGGCAGCACCCCGAGAUUGUCAGGUUGUUACACAAUGUCCACCAUCCAAACUUCCAUGCUCCAAUGGACCUGAUACUGACUGACCGUCAGUUCAUGGUGGCCGAUGUUUACAUUGGUUUGGACGUGAUGAGUUCUCAAAUGGAUGUCAGAGUGCCUAACUUCAGAAAGCUCAACCUCAAAGGCUUCUCAGUGUAUGGAAUGGCUCAACCUGCCCGGGAUGGAGUGACAAAGAUAUCCAACUACCUGUUAAGUAAAAAGCAGGGUCAUUCGUUUGUGGUGCUGGUGAACUUGAGGAAUGAUGUAGCGGUGGAGUGUGACGGUAAGACAUACAGUGUACGGGACUCCACGCUGCUGGAUGAACCGGUCAUCCAUCCCGGCCUCUCCAAGGAGGAGCUAGAGGAGAAGGAAGAAACCUUGACAAAAAUAAUCAAAACCAAUAAAAUUUUGACAUACAACGAGCUAUCUGCCGAGCCUGUUGAGCAGGAGUUUAGCAGCGUGCUGACUCCGUCUGAGUUGGCCGACACUCAGAAGCUACAGACCCUCGACAUGCAGUACUACCGAGUGCCUCUUCAGUACGACACCACGCCCACAGAGCAGGACUUUGAUGAUUUGAUGACUGUGAUACGGAAACACGGCUUCAGUGAGGAGUAUGAACGCAACAAGACAGCCAUAGUAUACUACUGCAGGACCGGUAAAAGUCGCACCACCCUGGCGCUAGCCGUCACUGGACUGGUCAUGUGUCAUCUGAGGGGUUUUCCUAAAGGUUCAAAUAUUGGGGAACAAGAGAGGGUUUCAUGUCCAAAUGCUCAGUACACAAAAGGUGACUUUAUGAUUGUUCAGAAGUUAGUGCGUAUCCUUCCUAAUGGUCAACAAGUGAAGAGAGAAGUGGACUUUGUGUUAGAUGAAUGCUUUGAAACUAUGUCACCCAUGCAUUUUCACAUUCGAGAAGUAAUAUUUGUGACAUACAAUAAAAUAAUCAAAGCCAAGUCAGAGGCUGAGAAACAACAGUUGAGAAGACAAAGUCUGGAUGCCCUGGAGAGAUACAUCUAUUUGAUUCUUUUCAACAUGUAUUUACGAUAUGACAAGAAAAUCAAAUGGCAGCGGUCAUUUUCUCAAUGGAUGAGAGAGGUUGCUGUCAAUGCGGGGGUGUUUGAAUUGUUGGAUAAUUUGGCAUUUUAUGACUUUGAGAAAGUGCCUACGUUAUUUAAGACAAUGAAUGAGAGGUGGAGUAAUCGGUCGCAACCCAUUCCUUUUGCGGGAGAGUUCAAGUGAUGUUUAUCCAAGUAACCAAUGAAGUUUGUGAUAUCUAAUGAACUGAGCAGAGACUAGGCAUGGAAAAAUUCAAACAAAGUAAUGUCACCUUUGAAAACUAUUUGUAUUGAUUGUUUGCAUUAUUUUAUUAGAUUUAUCACUCCUAUUGUAUUUCCAUGUUUAUAGAAUCGUUAUAUUUUCCUACAAUGCUUCCACUGUUGUAAACAGCUUCAAAAUUUACAAUGGAUACCACAACUGCAGUUUUUGUUAUUUAUUCAAGGUAAAUUACCAGUUUUGAUUCUUCUCUAUAUGCACUCAACAGUUUAUCAUUGAUCAAAUGAAAAAAAAAUCAUUUCUAUUCACAAAAAAGAAAGACAAAAGAUUGAGACAAUCAAAUAAACAUAUUAAGAAACAUGCACAUUUUUUAUAGGUGUGUAAUUACAAGUAAUAGCGGAGUGGGAGUCGGAUUCAUUUCAGACUUUAUUUUUUAUACAUACUUAAUCCAGAAUAGAGUGAAAAUUGGUUUUCCAUGAUGUUUUUAUGCACUUGAAAUAUUUGCAAAAAAUAUUUACAUUGUUGUUGAUAUGUAUUAUUGGAGGAAAUUAUUGUAACUUUGUGUAAUACAUUACCAGUGUUGUUGACCUUUUUGUACUUACUGAAAAUUAUACUGAUUUACUAAUAAAUUGUUAUGGACAUA